AUGUCCCCGCCGGCUACAGAGGAAGAGAUCCGCGACAUCGCCCGACGAGCGGUGAAGAUCUUCGCCGAUAACGGGUACAACUGCUGCCUCUUCGGCAGCAUCGGUUGUUCGCUUUAUGGUAUCAGUCGAUGCCCUAAUGACGUGGACCUGAUUGUCCUUACCGACGAGGACGCAGAGGGCCUGAAACGGCUCCUGAUAAAGAAAGACAGCCGCUUCUACCUCAUCCCGGCGCGCAAACGAGAUGCCGACUACAAGGUUCUCUGGUACGCCCUCUCGUCCUCACGCAGUCGCAGGUGCAAGGUCGACAUCCUCACCCCCGGGACGCUCGACCUUCCCAACGUGCCGAGCCAGCACAUCAAGCGGAAGCAGCGACUCCCCGUGAUGCCGAUCCUCCCACUCCUGCUGACGAAGCUUCGCGGGUGGACAGACCACUGGAAGUCUCUUAGGGGUGAUAAGUGGCGGAAGCUGCGCAACGAUGUGAAGGACAUCAACGAGCUCCUUUCCAUCGCGUGCCGCACGGGCACGUACAUUAACAGCAACAGUCUGCGGUGGCUGCGGGAGGACUUUCAGGAUCUUGUGGACGAUUCGCAGAAACGCAUUUAUAAAUACGUUAAGAGAUAUCGGGGCUCGGCGGACUACUGGGAGAGGCUCGGCUUCGAUGCCUAUAAGUGA